AUGACCAAAAUCAAGUUUAAUAGUGGACUGUUGAAGCAGAUAUGGAAUUACUCUGAACUCCCCCAGACUGGUAUUUCCUUGAGACAAAUGUGCCAGUUUGGAGCUAAUCCUAAUCCUGCCACAUUGUUUAAAGCAUCGUGUUUUGUUCUAAGGGAAUUGCCUAUCCGAUUGGCCCAUAGGAUUAAAGAAUUAGAAAGCCUGCCCAAUGGCCUCAAUAAAAUGAAUGAUGUGAUUCAGGUCCGUGACUGGUACACUCAAUCGUUUAAGGAACUGUACGAAUUUGCUCAUGACAGGUCGACUAGUAACGGUAAAUUGUACCAGAUGCUCUAUGGCGGACUUGAACCUGAUACACCAAUGGAAAGUGAAGUUUUACGAAACAUCAUUCAGUUGUGUUAUAGGGAUGAAGAAUUGGAUUCUAAGCAUGGACGUUCCAAUACUUCGGUUCCCCAUAGGAACACUUUUGUUGAUGAUGGGCUUGUGGUAACAAAAAGGAAAUGGAGUGUAUCCAAUCAAUCAUUAAGUAGCAGUAGGGGUCAAGUUUUGACACCGAAGAAAUACUACUCAUCGCCGCUUGUUACCUCGUUGGAAGUUUGGCCAAAAGAAAUUUUGAAAUUCAAUGCUGCAUUGUUUAAAGUAUUACACAACAUUAAAGUUAGGCACAACGCUACGGUUGUGACAUUGGCUAAAGGAGUCUUAAAAUGGAAAAAAACUUGUCAACAGAAUAUGUUCGAUGAUUCAGUACAAAGCUUUUUGGACAGGUUCUAUAUGAGCCGUAUUGGAAUUCGUAUGCUCAUUGCGCAACAUUUGGACCUGUUAGAACCUUCCCUGCAUUGCCAAAAUGGCAAAAGUGACAGCUAUGUGGGGAGCAUUUGUACUAAAACGAACAUUACACAGAUCGCUGAAGACGCUAUUGAUAAUGCUAAAUUGAUCUGCUCUGAACACUACGGCUUGUUUGAAGCACCAGAAGUGGAACUGCUGUGUUUCCCAAAAAAUGCUACUGGCCUCAACAACGAAAUCGAAUUCAUGUACGUACCAGGACAUUUGAUACACAUGCUGGUGGAAACUUUAAAGAAUGCCCUCAGGGCUACCGUUGAAAAAACUGUUGAAUCGAAUCCUGGGAUGGAUGUUUACGAUUUAAAGUUCCCCCAUGUCAAGGUAAUCAUAUGUGAAGGGUUGGAAGACAUUACUGUGAAAAUCUCCGAUGAAGGCGGUGGAAUCGCAAGAUCGAAUUUACCGCUGAUAUGGACUUACUUGUACUCCACGAUGCCAGAUGAUUGUCAAUUGGAAUUAAUGAAGGAUGAAUGCGAUGAGAAUCCCCGAGUAUCGUCCUUUGUCAAUAACGUACCCUUAGCUGGCUAUGGGUAUGGACUAGCACUCAGUAGAUUAUAUGCAAGGUAUUUUGGCGGCGACUUGAAACUUAUAUCCAUGGAAGGAUUCGGCACUGAUGUUUAUCUGCAUUUGAAUCGGUUGAGUACUAGUAGUGAACCAUUGCAAUAA